AAGAAAAAUACGGAUGCAUGGGGAAGCUAUUGCAGUGUGAGGUGAUCUAAAAGUCCAAGCGCUCUCAAACUGUCCCGGAAAGUAACGGGUGACUACCAGGUCACCUGCUCUUGUUUCCCCCCCCAUAAAAAUGUCAAGUGGGGAAUCGACCAUCCCAUGCAAAAGCAAUCUAAAUAGCAAGACCAUGAGAGAGAUUUGCAUUUAAAUUAAAAUGUGACCUCACUGAAAUCCUGUGCAAGGCAGGUUGUGCCAUGUCUAAUAACACUGCGUCCAGCAGCUGAUUUUAUUCAACCAUUAAAGAUGGUGUAAUCAAACAGCAACCAUGUCUAAUAAAGCUUCUACUAAACUGCAUUAUCAGCCUGCAGCAGAGAUUGAUGAAGUCACUCUUGCCAAAAAAAGGGAGUACUGGAGGACCAAGAAAAGAGAGCAAAGAGCGAGAAAGUCAUUGGCCAAGAAGAGGAUCAGAAAUGGAAAUCUGGGGACAUGUAAACAUGCAGUUGGCAUGUCCACUGUUUGUGAUGAACACUCCUCACUGAUACCUAAAGUGGCAAGUGAUCGUCCAGUGAAUAAUAGUGAAGUUUCAUGCAAACUGGAAGAUGUUGAUACUCCUAUAAACUCCUCCAGCUUAGGUCUAUUAGUAUCUGAGAGUAAUGUUAAUACAUUGCCAUGCCAAAAAGAAAGAUGGUUGCAGAAGUCUAAACUCAGCAAUGUCUUACCUCAGUUCCCAGAAACAAGCACAAAGUCCCAGAAGGGUGUAACGGGCAAUAAUAAAGUAGUAAGGUCUUCAGUUACGGGGUCAUCAAACACAGAUGCUACAACGGUCAAACACAGUGAGUCUCUCUGCCAAACAGGCUGUUCAGGGCUUAAUGCAUGUGUUGAGUUACAUCCAAAAUGCACAUUUACUCAAAAAACAAGAAUGUCUCCCCUUAAUGGCAACCAUUUAGAAAUGUCUCGGCAAAGCCUUGUAUCCAUGGUGUUACCUGUACACAACAAUCAAAAUAAGUCUCCGAUUAAAAAAUGUUUACCAUUCAGACUCUUGACCAAUGCGGAUUAUACAGUUUACAAAAACCAGAGUUACCUUGGCAGCAAAAGUCCUAUCACAAAGAAAAACAGCUGUGCCUUUGUGUCAGAGCAGAACACCGUUGGAGCUAGAACCAUUGGAAUGCCAAAGACUGAAGAAGAGAUGGCUUCUAAGCGUAGAGAAAAAUGGCGCAUUAAAAAGCGAGAGCAGAGAGCAAAGCAUGCUGUAAUUCUGGCCAUGGACAGAGAAAGGAGACUUGGACAACCAUCCUGUGUUGGGACAUUACAGGCUUUAUCUCUUGUUAACAGUAAGGCCUUGAGAAGAAUCAACCACAACUCUGCAAAACCUGUAUCCAUCAAUCAGCAGUCAUUGGGAUUAAAAGUUCUGGGAUCUCGGACAUCAUUUGCAAUGAACUCAAAACGCUAUAAUGUUCAGGGCACCAAACCAUCUUUAUCCACCUUUUCACAGAAGUCUUCAAGUGCUAUCCAUACUAUUAACAAAUCCAGUGUGCAUAAACAUACUCCAAGGAGACACCGUCAAAUGCAAACCUCUCUUCUUAGUGCUUCCAUAGGUGAGAAUCCGGAGGAUGGGCAUGCCAAGCAGAAAGAGUACUGGCGAAUCAAAAAGCGUGAACAGAGAGCAAGGCUCUCUGCAGAGAUGAAAGUCCAAUUUAAGGAUCAAGAUGCACGCAAGCAACACGUUAAACUAUUCCAAAAUAAUGAAAUGUGCGGGGAUCAAGCAUGCUGCCAGAAAGCUGACCGAUCAACAGAAAAAGCAUUGACAAGUGCCUCUGAGAUCAUUGGUGGUUUUAUCAAAGAUGAUGAUUCGGUAACCGUCUCCAUUUCAAAGACUACUCCCAAAGCUUCUCUAGCUGCAAGUCAUGGUGAUUCAAAUGAGAAAUGCAUUGGAGAGUUAAAAGUUCAGGUUCAGGUUAGUUCGCCCCUAUAUCCAUCUCCAUCAGUCACAAAGUCACCGAAGUUAGUUGAUGUUUGGAAAAGGGCUGCUUCAUGCAGCAUUCCUAGUAAUUUCAUAAAUGCUCACAAAAAGUCUAUUAAGCACAAAUUUUCAAGCACCUCUCAGGGUAAGUCUAAGUUAGCCAAAGGUGCAUUGAUGGGCAGUAUGACAGUGACCAUCCAGUCUGACAGCCUAACAGAAGAGGAGCGGGUAGCCCGAAUGAGGGAGUACUGGAGAAUAAGGAAACGAGAGCAGAGAGCUAGUCGGGUUACUCGGCUCACGAAUGGUCUGCUUAAGUCAAAGGUUUCAGUGUUAAAACAGAGAAGGCCAAACCAGAUGUCAACCAAAGGUUACCAUUUAAUUUUGCCUCCACACAGUAUUUCUUCAUCUGUUGAUGCAACAAAUUGUGACUCCUCAGCCAGUGCCCCAUUUCUUACUGCCACAAGAAAACAAGAACACAUCUAUCCCUCUAUACAGACUGUAUUUUCUAUCCCAGAAAUUACUCCAUGUAUUAUUGCUACAAACAACAAACCUUCAUCCUGUUCACCCUCAGAGUCACGCAUUGAGCCUCCAGCAGUUGCCGACCAAAAUGCUUUCACUCUUCAGGCUGUGUCCUCCAUUAAAAAGCUUGUGGAGGAAUCUAUUAGCAACGUGGAAGACAGUAAUGCCACAAUUGUGCAUGUUAAGUGUGAAAAUGAACCACUUCCUUGUAAAACUGAAGAUGACCUUAGUUCUGAAUAUACUGAGACAGAAGUACAAUCAAAUGUACAACCGAAUGUCUUAUUAGAAUGUGACAUCUCAACGAAUACAAUCCUUGAAAAAGACAUCAAAUUGAGUCCAUCGAUUUACCACUCGCCCUCAAAGGCAUUAGGGUUAUCUUCUGAAGACAUCAGCCAGUAUAACUCUCAUAACUUAAGUCAAGAGGCUGUAGAUCAAACUCAUGCCCUUUCUCAAGUGGAAAUGCAACAUAUGUGCAGAGACGCCCAGAAACAUUGUGAUGAUAGAAGAGGUCCUGAUCAGUGCUGCACUUUACAGUCCAUGGAAGAGCAACAGCUCGAUAAAAACAAAGAGCUUCAACGAAAGCGGGAAUAUUGGCGUUUAAUGAAGAGACAACAGAGGGCCAGAAAUGCCAAUAGAAGACAGGGCAGCAAAGAUGCGGUUCUUCACAGUCUGACUUCACAGCCAGAACAGGUUAAAGGUGGCAGAAGUCGAAUUCACUAUUCACCUUCUGCUGCAUCACAAAGCUCCACACGCCACACUGUCAUCUCCAAUAAUCAUUAUGUUAAUGCUGCUGUCACUGCACCUCUUACUCCUAUCCUGGUGAGUCCUAUCAUCUCUAACCAACAUCCUUCAAAGGAACAAAGGCUACUGCCAGUAAAAGAACCACAAGAUCAGGCAUCACAGGCUCAUCAGGAAAAACCAUGGCAGACCCAGUUUUCACACACUUCGAGCCAAACUGUCAUGCAAGACAUGUCCCAGGACACUGCAACAUUCAGGCAGAUUCUCAUGCAGAAGAAAACCAAAAGAUGCACAAAAACUGCAGGUCCAAAAACACAGCUAAUAGAUCCAUUCUUUGGUGAAUCAAAAACUAAGAGAAGCCACAUCACAGCAACCCCAAAUGCAGAAGAAGAGUCAGAGGAAGUUAUACGUAGAAGGCGCAUGCGCUGGAGGAUAAAAAAACAAGAGCAGAGAGCAAGAAAUGCAGGACAUGAUAGAAAGUUUCACCAGACAGUGUUCAACGACUUGGGUCCCAUUCAUCCACAGGGUCACAACAACACCAGCUUUUGCUCAGAAGUACUGAGCAUAAAAUCAGAGGACCACCUAGGCUAUAUAGCUGAGCCAUGUCAAACUGGACUCAAAGAGGAAUCAAGCUUUGCACCUGGUGAUGAUGCCACUGAGGGACCGUUAUCACAGGCAGAGUGGAGAAAUGUCUACCUCAUGGACUUUGACCCUGUCAACCCACUGUUGGUGUGUAUGGUUUGCGGAGAGCAGCAGUACUCCCUCAGCGUGCAUGGAGUGAAGACUCACAUCGAAGAGGGACAUCCCAAUACACUCUCAUUGGGAGAGCAAGAACAUCAGGGUAUUCUUGAUGCCUGGGAUAGACAGGUGGCUGUCCGAGAGCACUUCAUCUCCAAUCAGCUUUGGCAACAAAGCAGGCUUCCACAGAUCAGAGUGCCAAAUGCCCUAGCAAGAUUGAAGUGAAGGUUGAGAGUACAGACUAAGUGCUUGGACAAAAAGUGGCAGGCUUCACAGACCAAUGUCACGUCCAGUGACGUAUUGUUGUAUAUACAGAUUGCUGUGCUGUCCUUUUUUUGUUUCUUUUCUCUCCCAGUGUUCUCUCUCUCUCUCUCUCUCUCUCUCUCUCUCCAGUCUCCACCUUUCACAGGAUUGGACCAGCCAGAAUUGAUCUCCACCUGUGAUUGGUGUGGCCCAAGAGGCAGGAGUGUGAAAGAGCACCACACCUACAAAAACCACGAACUCCCCGUGUUGAGUGUUUGUCGAAGUGUGCUGUUGUUUGAUUGCUUGCUGUGUUCUGACUGUUGAAAAUAACAUUGUUUUGCUUGUGUUGAUAUUGUUUGUCUACCUAAUUUCUUUUGUAUAAAUUUGUGUAAAUAUUGUAAAUAGCCAGUUUACCUUUGGAAAGCUGUAGGGGAUGGGUGCCCUUUUCUUUUGUAUAUAUCCUUUUCCUCCUGUUUUGGGUUACUCAGACAGUAAGGGUGUUUAUUGUAUUUUUUAUCUUUUCUUUGUUAGUUGUUAGGCGUUAGUGUGUGAAUUUGGUUUGUUUUUUUGGCUUAUGCUCACCCCUUUAGUUGUUGCUUUCACUGUGGUGAUUGUAAAUACAUUUUUAAAAAGACAAUUAUGUUGUGUUCCAGUUUUAUGUUGCAGCCUCACCCUAGACGGGGUCGUAACACUAAAGACUUUGGAAGUGCUGAUACCAGCCCAAGACUGAUUUUGUAUGAGACAAUCCCAUUUAUUCUACUCUAUUAACUGCCAUCAUAGACAAGAGUCGAACUAUGGACUACAAUAAAAAAAUUUUUGGGUGGUCUUGUUUAGUUAACACUAAGGCAAAUGUAGCAGUAGAACAGUUUUAUUAUUUGUUUUCCACAGAAGCAUGCUUUGAUAUAAAAAAUACAAAUGGAGAAAUGUUUCACAUUCAUCUUUCAUUUUUAUUUUUUACUUGAGUUUCAGGGGUUCUGAUAUAGGCAUGUAUAACAUAUUAAUAUUUUCCUUAGUGAUAGGACAAUAUUGAAAAGCUGAUUCCUCUCAUUUCUUGCAGAUGCAAUACCGAGUGUUAACUGUUAAACUGUUAAUAUCCAAAACAUUUUAGUAGUUGUAAAUGGGGUAUGGAGCAAUGUAAAAGCAGUCUAUAAAACAUAUAAAAUCAGUCUCUGUAAUCUGAGAAUCUUACAUUUUUUUUUCUUUUCAGGAAUGUUGUUAUAUGAAUUGUUUUCUUAUGAUAAACUUUUGUUGCA